GGAAGCGCCGCAGUCGGAGCGGUGUGUGCGGGUUUGUGUGGCCGCGGGUUUGCGCGUUAAAGCCGGGUUUGAUCCGCUGCGUUUCCCGCUGUGGGCUCCGAGCUGCAGGUUCCGGAGGGGAAAUGGGGGAGACGCGCUUUCCGGCUCACAUGGUGCUGUGGAGUCUCUCUGCCGUCUACAUGUUCGCUUUCGCCUCCGUUUAUGUGCAAAUUCCUGGUCUGUACGGUAAUGAGGGCAUUCUCCCGGCGAGGUGGAUGCUGCGAGUGGUGGGGAAGAGCAUGUGGGAGCAGCUGAGGGACACGCCCACUCUGCUGUGGUUCGGACCACGGCUCGGCCUCGACACGCAGCACUGCAUGGAGCUGCUGAGUCUGAGCGGAGCCAUUCUCAGCCUGGCAUCCAUGACAGUCCCCGCCCUCCGAGACUGCAGGCUUUAUCUCCUCCUGUGGGUUCUCUACCUGUCUCUGUACCAGGUCGGCCAGGUCUUCUUAUACUUCCAGUGGGACAAUCUGUUGCUAGAGGUUGGCUUCCUCGCCGUCCUUAUCGCACCCAUGAAAAUGCCGUGGGGUUGCAGAUUGAGUUUCCAUGACGGCGUGACCUUCUGGCUGCUCCGCUGGCUGCUCUUCCGCCUGAUGUUUGCUUCUGGAGUCGUCAAACUGACGAGCCGCUGCCCCACCUGGUGGGGACUCACAGCUCUGACGUAUCACUACGAGACGCAGUGUAUCCCGACGCCCCUGGCCUGGUUCGCCCACCAGUUGCCUGUAUGGUUUCAGAAACUCAGCGUGGUCGCCACCUUCGUCAUUGAGAUCGCUGUGCCCUUCCUGUUCUUCAGCCCCAUCCGCCGACACCGACUCUUUUCAUUCUACAUGCAGGUCUUGCUGCAGCUGCUGAUCAUCCUGUCAGGGAAUUAUAACUUCUUUAACCUGCUGACCAUCGUGCUGUGUUUCUCUCUCCUCGACGACGAGCACAUCAACUUCUGGCUCUGUAAACGUACACAACAGAACGAGAAGACAGGUUUGCUGCAGGCCGUGUUGGCGUGGGUGUGUGUUGUGGUCGAACUGUGUGUUUACGCUCUGCUCGGCUACUGGACCGUCCUCUACUUCGACCUGAAGGUGGACUGGGACAAGAAAAGUGUCUCCUCUAAAACAGCCUUCACACAUUAUGAGUUUAAUAACUUUCUGAAGGCCGUGACGGUGCCCAGUAUUUGGAUCGGGGUUCUGUCCCUCACCUGGGAGAUCAUCACUGCCAUGUUCAGGAGUGCGUGUGUGCGGGGUGUGUUUCAGCGUCUCUGGAGCACCGUGCAGUGGGGCGUGUUCUCUGCAGCAGCAGCCUCCAUGUUUGCCAUCAGCCUGGUUCCUUACACUUACUUUGAGUACGAGGCUCACUCUAACCUGUGGCCCGGUGUGCGCAAGGCGUUUGAGUUGACUGAUCGCUAUCAGCUGGUGAACUCGUACGGUCUGUUCCGGAGGAUGACGGGGGUCGGAGGUCGUCCAGAGGUCAUCAUGGAGGGCAGCGUGGAUGGCAGCACAUGGACGGAGAUUGAGUUCAUGUAUAAACCAGGGAACAUGAGCGCAGUGCCCCCGGUGGUGACUCCUCAUCAGCCCCGACUCGACUGGCAGAUGUGGUUCGCGGCUCUCGGACCUCACACACAGAGCCCGUGGUUCAGCAGCCUCGUACGGCGCCUCCUGCAGGGGAAGCGGGACGUGAUAAAGCUGAUUCAGACAGACGAGGCUCGGUACCCGUUCAAUAAACAGCCGCCGGUCUACAUCCGCGCUCAUCGCUACAAGUACUGGUUUACUGAGCCGAAAGAGGACGGGUCGUUGCCUCAGAGGUGGUGGAGGAGGAUCUAUGUAGAGGAGUUUUAUCCGCCUGUGCGUCUCGGUGAUGCGGUUCUGGAGAACAUGCUGACUCAGCACGGACUCAAUAUAAAGGAUAAACCUCUCACUCGGCGUACUUCCGGUUCAUGGCUCUUGCAGAUGUUGCAGUCUGUAGGUGAACGCGUGAGAGACGUUCCUGCUCACGUCUUGCUCUGGACCCUCUUCAGUUCAGCAGCCACCGUGUGUCUGAUCAACUGUCUGCGCUCACACACUCGUCCUCCGACACACACACACUCCCAAGAGCAGCAGGAGGAGGAGAAGGAUGUAAAGGAGGAAGUGGAAGAGGAAGUGAAUCAGGAGGAGGAAGAAGAGAGUGAGGAGGAAGAGGAGUUUGUACAGAGAAGUGAUGAGAGCGAGGGGUUUAAUGAUGGAGAGGAAAAUACAGAGUCAGAACGUGUUAGGAAGAGGAAAUAAACACUGCUUCUGAAUGCACUGUGUCGCUUCGCAUCGCUCUCCUGCUGCGUUUUCAAAAAGAUUCGUAAAUUAAAUGUAUUUCUGUGAUUAAACUCCUCCCCGUCGCUCUGGGUGAUGCGCAGAAGUCUCACGAUCCUCAGGCGUUUUCAUGGUGCACUGGAUUUUUAAAACCAUUUUUAUUGAAGGUAAAAUUAGAAAUGAAACCCAGUCGACGGAGGUGUUGGAACACUUUACAGGCUCUCGCGAUAUUCUCAGAAAAGUGUAUCGUGGUGUCAUGUGAUCACAGUAUCAGGGUCAUGUGAUCACAUUGUCCAGCACUUAAACUGUCCCACGGUUCAGCCAGAGCUCUAGUUCGUGGUUCACGUCCCGUAUUAAAUCACACACUUUCAUACCUGCGGCUCGUCUGUAAGCUCGUGUUUAUAAAGUUAAUAAAAGAUGAAUGAUCUGUUUUAGCUCCAGUUUUCUGCAGGAUUCUGAUUCCGUCAUGAGAUUUUCCUCAGGUGUGGGACAGCUGUCUGAUCGUUUUAAUCUCAUCGUUGCUUCCUCUGUGUCACUAACGCACUUGUGUUAUUCUGUUCAUCACACUACACCUCUCUGUGCCUUUUUGUUUGGUUUUUUUUUUCCUUUCACUUCUUUUCUUCAUGCUGUUGCUUUUUCUGAGUUCAUUCAGAUGUUCUCAAACACCAACAUGAAGUAAAACACCUUUUUGUACAUUUUAUAAUAAAACUGUUCACACCAUAGAGUCGCUGAGUUCUGGACUCUGAUUGGCCAGAAGGUGUUGAUUAGUUUUCUGUAGCAGCAGCUCUGUAGUCACAACUCGUUCGCAGGGCCGUGUACAGCGGACUCGGUACGGGUAAACCGAUUCCAAAACAUGACAAAUGGCAGGGGGUUUGUCUUAACUUGGAGAGACUGGAGAGGGAGUGUUUAUAGCUGCUGUAACACAAGUGACAACUGGAGCAAAAUUGUUUCACUGACAUUAAAUGUAACUGUAAAUGGAUUAAAAAAAUCAUGAUCUUUUAAUAAAUUACAGGCCUAGAAAUUCAUAUAUUUUUCCGCCAGCCAGCCGGACUAGUUCCCUUCCAAAGUAACUCGCCAAACAGAAAAUCAACUCGCCAAAAUUUGUUCACGUAUGAAUUUUACUUCUGUCAAAAAUAAUGGAAAAGAGAGUUGUUACCAUUGUUCAUGACUAAUGUGCAUUUAUUUCAAGACCCGAGUAUUUUAAUACUGUUGUUAAAUACAUAAAUGAGAACAACACAGAGCACCAUAAUAUAAUAUCAACAAAUAAUAAUAUAUUGGAAAACUUGGUGUAUGAGUAUUGAAAGCAAAUAUCCUUACUAUCAUGACUAUAGCACCCAAAAUAUGUCCAACAUGCUUUCUGUAUUUAACCAUUUAUGAGAGAGAAAGCAUUCGGAGCUUCAUAUUGACGAGGAAUCAACUUGAAAAAAAUUAAUUAUUCCAUAAAAAUCGUAUCGCAGCCAAGGCCUACCCUGCUCCCAUGUUUGCUUACAAGUCCUUUGUCGUUUCUCCUUCUCGUACGCUUUAUCGGCGGCCUUUUUCUCCUCUUCAGACCGAGGUUGCUUUGUCCCCGUCUCUGGCAGUUUCUGUACACCUUUCAGAAAAUUCCGCAUCGCAACGUAGCUUUGGCAGAUGUAGAUGAAAACAACAAAAACGUGUUUAAAUGGGUGAUAAUGUGGCCACGUCUAUUGAAUUUGAUAACGUGAUGUGACAGCAGGGGCGUGGCCAAGCAUCAGUCUGUGAAUGGAGGGCGGAGUCAGGGAAGGUACAGUAAGUGGUGGAAUCAUUGCACCUGAUGGGGAUUAACCUGUUUGUGUGACCACGCCCUUUAAAAGGAGAGGAGAGCAGAGAAAGGGAGCUCUCUGGGAAGUGAUAAAAGGCUGAAAAGUUAGCAAUAAAUGGUUAAUUGAGAACUCCGUUCUGGCCUGCCGUGCUUCUGUGCUCCACCCACCUGGUCCAAUACUACACGUGAUUACCGUGAUAUUCAGCGAGAUGCCUUAUAUGCAUGCGCAGUAGUGAAAAAACCGACAGCCUGACUCAUACACGAUAUGAUUCGGAAUUCUUCAGUAUUUUCCGUCCUGCCGAUAAACGCAUCGAUUAACACAGACGCGGCACGCGCUUAAUAUGCGGCAGCCUUAGUUGACGGUGUGUCUGAAUCUUCGCUUCAUAUAUGUUUUUUAUUUUCAACUAGCCAGCCGGGCUGCCUAGUGACAGGAAUUACCCGCCAAAUGACAAAUUAAGUCGCCUCGGGCGACCGGACCACCGCAAAUUUCGAGCCCUGAAUUAAAAAAAAUGUAAUUGUUGGUAAGUUGCUGUAGAGUAAGGAAUAAAACACUCGGGUGUGCGGUUGCAGGAAAAUAAUCAACUUCAGGGAGGCAACAGAUCCUGUUCUAGUCUCACACAAUGUUGAUGAUUAUUUUUAUUGAAUAUUUUAUCUUUUUCUGAAACAGAGAGGUGAUCAGUUUUAAAGUUUAAAUCUGAGGUAAAGUUAUACGACUCCUCAGUUUUGUGUUCGCUGUCUGUGUCCUUAUGGAGUCACAGGAGUGGCAUAAAAAUGAAUAAACGUAAAGGAAUAGGAAAAUAAAUCCAAAACUGUUUUAAAAGGCGAAUAAGGAAACAAAUGCUUUUCUUUAUUGCGCUUGCUAUUCCCUGUUGCUUUAUCAUUUCCUGGAGGAGACAAGAAGAGUCUGUCAAGAGUCAAGUUUAUUUGUAUCGCACCUUUAACAACAGACGUCAUCGCAAAGCAGCUUUACAGAAAAUUAAAGACGAGCUAAUUUUAUCCCUAAUGAGGAAGCCCGAAGAGAAGAAAAAGCAGCAAAGAAAAACAUUUAGUUUCCUAUUAUUUUAUUUCUUUUAUUCUUUUUCGUAUUUUUCUUCUUCUUUUACAUAUUUAUUACUUCUGACACUCUUAUGACUCCAUAGUGCAUAGUUUUAAUUUCAGAUUAAGAUAAAACCAAAAGAAAUGAAAUAAAGCAGUGUCGUGGAAGUCGUGAUACUAUAGUAUUUACAGUAUAUGCUUUAAAAUAUAUCAAAGUUAUAAACAGGAUUAUAAUGUGACAGAAUGAAGAGUAAAUUAACGUUAAUAUAUAUUACAGUGCAGUUUGUUCCAAGCCUUUUAUACAAAUCUGAUUCUUUAACACUGCAGUUUGGAAAAUUUUUAAUUCUCUAAACCUCUAAUAAUCAUAUUACUGUAACAAUAUCUUCAAAAAAUCUGAUUUGUGAUAUUACCAUACAGUCAACCUCCUGAUUUAUUAUUAUUAUUUUUUUUUUAAUUAUUUGUUUCAGGCUUGAAUUGAUAUUUUUCUGGCCCAUAAAUUAGCCCUGCCCCAACCCAAGCAGAGAUCCUGAACCCCACCCUCAUUCUUAAAAGAAAGGACUCUCACAAGGAGUAGGUAAUCGCAAUGUGUAGAGUUUUUAUUGUAAGUGCAGCUCCUCUCUCAGCCAGUAGAGGGCUCUGAAAGUUGCACACUGCUGCUUUAAGUAAAUCCUGUGAAAGAUCGUUUCACACUGUUGCUUGGCGAGGUUGUGAUCACCAGUGCAGGACUCCUGGGCAGUACUUAUCGAUGAGUGAUUGGUAAUACGGCUUCAGCUGCUCCACAUCAGGCAGGUCCGUGCUUUUAGUGUACAGAUCGAACUUACUGGAACACACACACACCACAUAUUUACUGAUCCAGUUAAUCAGUUUCACCUGUGUUUCCUUAAUGCAGUGAUAAAGUACAUCCUUAAACCUCAAAUGUCCAUAUUAGAGCUCUAGAAGAGCAAUAGCAUGCACCUGCUCCUCAAAAGUAAGUGCCCCCUCAUAGACUUGUAUUCAUUUUUGCUGAAUUUUAAAGCUUUUUUUUCUUAGUUUAUGUAACAGAAUCAAACCGUUUUGAUCUGCUGAGGACGGCAUCUGAUCUGUCUUAACAUAAUGCCAUUUUAGUUAACUUAAAAGUAAUAAAAUAAUAAAUCAA